AUGUCGAUUGACAGCAUCGGAUCAACGACAAGGAGGCCGAACGGCAGAGAUCUCCGAUUAGGAUCAACGCAAAACUCUGAGACUCAUGGUUAUAAGUCACCGAUUCGAAAGACUCGGGGUUUACAAUUCACCGAAGAGUCAGAUUCCGAGUAUGUCCCUUCCAAGACUAGCUCCACCUACCGUUCGGCAACGUCAACGAGGUACUUGGAAGCCAGGCCCGUAAGCCCCCAAAAAUGUUUGGAAGACUACAGUUUCGAGGAAAUCCCGAGCCAAGAUCCCGUCGUUCGAUUUCUCUUCCAGAGAGUCCAGAAAAUGGAAAACGACCGAGUUCGCUCUCAGGAACCAGACUGGGGAAAGCUUCGGCCAGGACCAUUUACUGAACGUAUCAAGCGUUCACGACAGGCAAUAGGAUGCAAGGGGCUUAGUGACAAAGGGCAAUGCCUGCUAUUUCUGUCCUCGCUUAUAGGGGCGGCUUUGAAUUGGUUCUACCAAUUGGAACCGAAAACGGUGGACUCUUUCGACGAACUGGGACAGAUUUUCCUCAAUCACUUUAUGAUCCAGACAAACCGUCUAUACUCUGCCGAUUAUCUGUACAUGAUUCGGCAAAGAGAAGACAAGCCCUUACGAGAAUACGUUGCAUGCUUCAGUCAUGAAUACUCGAAAUGUCCAAAAACAUACGAUAUGGCAGCCUACGGCACCUUCAAGAGUGGCCUUCAGUCCUCACACUUUCGGUACCUCGUGCACAGUAGCAACUGGCGCACCUAUGACAAACUAAUGAAACAAGCGGCAAUUCAUGUCAAAGCUGAAUAUUUCAACUCAAAGUUCGGACCUUCGGCUCGGCAUGAGGAACCAGCCUCGAAUGGCUACCCCAGGCAAGGAUCAACGUAUGGCCCUAGGAGAAAUGAUGAACCCUCGGCAGGACACAAACGAAAGGAUGACCGUGAUAAUCGGCAAGGUGGCUUUAAGAAAAGAUGA